AUGCAUGAACCAGUGAAACUUGAUGAGGAUCAAGUUUCUGAGGACAAUGAGGAUAAUCACCUCACUCUCAUUAGCCGAGUUAACCAACCAAGACUUCCUAGGCCCUGGGAAUUGCAGGAGUUUCCUCUGACCCAAGAGGAAGAGGAACUAGAAACUUUUAUUAAGGAAGAUUCCCAAUACUGGGAUUACCAUCAUGAGACCUAUCCGGAUCAAAACGGAGAGCUAGUUCAGUUCAAGACCUUGCCAACUGGCAAACUGACGCUGUUCCAGUGGUUGCCCUGGGGAACCAAAGGGAGGUUUGAGCCACAAACCUCAAACCCAAUCAUGGCAGAGUCCAGUGUUGAUGCUGGAGAGGAUAAAGUUCAGCUCAGUGAAGCACAAAUAGAGGUUAUUGAGGCCAUCAAGGCUGAGUAUGAGUCAGUGAAUCCUUCCACUGAGCCUAAGGCAACAAUUGAAAUUAUCCAGAAUGAGAUUUCUGGGGAGGAAACAAUUGAUGGGAAAUAUGUGCAUACAGCUGCGAAAGAGAUCGCUCAGAAACUCCAGUUUUCAGGAGAGGAAGGGGAGGUUUUCGAAGAGGGGCCCACAGGGGAAUGCCUUCCCAGCAGCCAAGCACUAAUAAGCAUCCCAGAUCCCCCUCUCCACCCCCAAAGAGAGCUAAAACUGACACUGACCACUUUGAAGAAUUAG